UUGAAUAUUGAAUAUCUUUGAGAUAUGAUUCUUUUACUUCAUACAUUGAUCUGUAAAAUCGCUGAUUUUUUUAGGCAAGAAUAAUGGGAUAGCGUUGAUAGAUACAGAACGUGCAAUAGCGAUUAACGUUAUGCAGAACGACCGUACAUUGAAGAGGUUCUUUGUACCAUUUCCUAAACCAAAUACAUCGCUCGACAAAUGCAUAAUGCAAAAGGAUGUGGAAGAAAAGACUUUGGUGUGGAUAACAUAACAAAUGAAAGCACGAGUAUACAUACAUUUGUUCUAACUAUUUGUUGGGGGAAAAAGCCUGGGCCCCCACAGCAGAAUAUCCCAAUCCACUUCCAUGCCGUGGGGACUCAGCUGGAGAAACAUCUAGCAGCCAAACCUGUUCGGCCAACAACCGAUCAGAGGCAGCGCACAGCACCUCCCUCGAAAAGAGGAUAGUGGGUCCAUUUAUCUUCAGUUCAGUGGUUGCCGGGAGUGGUUGUAUUACAAUGAGGUAGGAUUAGCUCCUCGUUUUGCAUACCAGGAAGAUUCAAUGAACCCUACCACAAAUCAGCAGCAUAUGUCAGGUGACGAAGAUAUGAGAGGACCCGGAAUUACGGGGUUACAACAAGGUCAUUCAAUCCACGUGGAAGCAACUGAGCCCAUUUCAGAUAUGAAAGACCAUCAGGUACGACGCAAGAGGGCUCUUAUUGAGGCAUGUGCGGAUCUUGAGUUUGAAGAACACCCAACAAGAGAUCAUAACCUGACUUUAAAAGAGCUCACCUCACUCAAACACACCUAUGUCUUCGACAAACACAGGAUUCUCUAUUGCUACGUGCCGAAGGUGAGCUGUACCAGCUGGAAACAUUUAUUUCUGGUGUCCUACGGCGCCAUCAGUCCUGUACGGAAGCGAGGAGAAGUCAAACGGAGUGUGCACACGGAGUUCGAUAAAGUCUUCAAGAAGAUUGGCCAACUUCCAGAGGACGAGGCCAAUCGGAAGAUCAAAGACUACACGCAGUUCUUGUUUGUCCGGAACCCGUUCUCUCGUGUCUUGUCGGCCUAUCGUGAAAAGAUCGAGUUUAAGGAUCCAGAGGAUCCGGACGAGGGUUACUACAGCCAGUUCAUUACACGAUGGCUCAAAAAGACCAAUCCUGGAUAUCUAAACCAGAGAAACAAAACUACUCCGUACUCGUUCCAGGAAUUCGUCCGGUACUUCAUGGCCAGGCGAGUAGAAGACGAACACUGGAAUGACCAGUAUGAGUUAUGUCACCCGUGUCUGGUCGAGUACGACUUCAUUGGCAAGAUCGAGACUCUGCACGAAGAUGUGCAUCGUUUCCUGGGGUCUGUUGCCAAUGGCUCCUCGCUGGUCUUUCCUGCAUCAGAUCCUCAAAAGCACACCUGGAAUAGCUCUAGCGAUCAAACCAUGACCCGGUAUUACUGGACGAUCUCUGACGAUGAUUUCAUCUCGCUGAUCGAGUGUUUAUACCCCGAUCUUAGAUUGUUUGGGUAUGCAAUACCUAUAGCUAUACGAAGGCCACGGUUGAGGAUAUCAAGGAAAUACUCGCUGUUGGUCGAUGUUGGGUGAAACAUUCGCGUAUACUAUAGUCGGAACAAAAUAUUGACUUUCGACAUCCAAAAACAUUCUAUGUGAUGAAUCAUGUGCAAAAGGCCAAUACAAAUUUUGAAAAUGAUUAACCCUCAUUACACUGACUUUACAUAACUUUCACAUUACGUCUUUUGUUUAACCUUGCAAUAAUUUUGUUACGCAUGAGUAGGUGAUCUUUAUACAGCCACAUUUUAGGCUAUUAGAUUUAAUAAUAGGUUUUAGAUGACUGAUUACAAUGAAAUCCAUUUAAUCUUCAGGGAAUUUGAUGUUUCAGUAGAUUAUUUUAAUUAAAUACGCUUCACAAGGACUAUGCAAUAUAGGAUGGAGCUGACGUAUGCCCCAAAUGUAAUUCCAUUUAUAUUGUGCCUGCUUAUCUCCUUUCUAAUGCGCGUUUCUCUUUCCUCAUCUUCUUCUCAACCCCACAUGCAGCUCAUCCUUUUGUAUUAUUUUGUGAACCCCCGAUCUCUCAUUUCUUUUUUGGCAUUUUCUACUUCUUGUGUUGUGACCGUGUUCUCCUAUUUUGUCAUGUAAAUUACCGUCUUGUCCCGUUCUCGUCUCUGUUGGCAUCCCCC